CAUCCCCCGCGGUUGGCCCAGCCCGUUGCCAUGGCUCCCGCCGCCCACACGCUGCCACAACCUCAGCCCGACCUCUAUCGUGACACCUGGCUGCGAUACCUAGGUUAUGCCAAUGAGGUGGGCGAGGCUUUCCGCGCUCACGUGCCUUCCUCAGUGGUGUGGGCGAGUUAUGCGGUGGCCAGCGGCUAUGUGGUGGCCGACGCCGUUGACAAAGGCAAGAAGGCAACAUCUUGUCCAGCGACGCCUGCCAGGAAGAACACGCAGGUGGCACUGGCUGUGAUUGACACCCUUGUGUGGCAGGGACUCGCCUCCGUGGCCAUCCCGGGCUUCACCAUCAACCGCGUCUGUGCCGCCUGCCACUACGUCCUGGGUGCCGCCACCCGCCUGCCCCUGGCCACCCGCAAGUGGACGACCACGACCUUGGGCUUGCUGGUCAUUCCCGUCAUCAUCCAUCCUAUUGACAAGUCAGUGGAUUUUCUGCUGGACAACAGCCUCCGUAAACUCUACCCUACUCAGGAGAAGCCCAGCUCCGCAUGAUGCAGUCGCCACCCGCGCUGGGACGGACCCCCGCCCGACGCAACUCCUCCACGUGCAUGUUGCCCUUCGCCGGCUCCAGACACACGAGUGAUUUGUAGCAGAGAGGGAGAGAUCCCCUGGUCCGCUGCAAAAAGGCCACGAGGAGCGGGGCCUGCUCGGGUGGGAUCAGCCCCGGGCCAGCUGAAGGAAGGGUGUGGAGAGGAGGUGGAGGAGGAGAGGGAGAGCUCAGGGAGAAUUCUUGGUCUUUUUAGGACUCUUGGGGAAGUGCAAUCAGAGCCAGACAGGGCUACCUCUGCACCACGUGGGGGGCAAGCUGCUAAGCUGGGCCAUCCUCCCAGUUGCCACCUGGAGAACAGCAGCAGGAGCUGCAGUCUGCAUUUCGCCCGUCGGGGCUGAAGAUACGUGAGGCCCCGUCUCUUACCGUGUCCCAAUAAAGCUAGUUUCUGAGUA